AUGUACUCCUUAAAUCAGAAGGAGAGGCCGCAGGUUCAGCGGUACAGGAAAGCGGCCAGUGUGGCGGGCAGACUAGGCCAGUUCCUGAAGGAGGCCUGGGCCAAGGAGCUGUUGCUGACGGUGUCCUUCGCUAUAGGAACCAUGGCUCUGUUCUUACCUCUCUUAAGCCUCUAUACCAAGUAUGCAGGCAUGAUCAACCAAGCUACACCUUACAACUACCCUGUUGCUGUUCGAGAUGAUGGUAACAUGCCUGACAUCCCCAGCCAUCCUCAGGAUCCUCAGGGUCCUUCCCUCCAGUGGUUGAAGAAUCUAUGA